AUGACUGUCGGUGGCCCAGUUAUUAAGCUUUCGAAUGGCGUCGAGAUGCCUGCUGUCGGUUUAGGAACCUGGCAGUCUGCCCCAGCUGAAGUAAAGAAUGCCGUGAAAGUUGCAGUGAAGGCUGGAUAUCGCCUUAUCGACACUGCUUCCGUUUACCAAAAUGAGGAAUCAAUUGGAGAUGCUAUCCAGGAGCUCAUCAAGGAAGGUGUUGUCAAGAGAGAGGAGCUUUUCAUUACGACUAAGGCUUGGUGUCACGAAUUGCCACCAAACAAGAUUGAAGGUGCUCUUCGCGAAUCGCUUAAGAAGCUUAAGUUGGAGUAUGUCGAUCUCUACUUGGCUCAUAUGCCAGUUGCUUUCACUGACAAUAUGAGCACUCCUCUCAACGACGUCACCGUUGAGCAAAUCUGGCCGGGAUUCGAGAAGGUUUACGAGUUGGGCUUGGCAAAGUCAAUUGGGGUUUCCAACUGGAACAACGAGCAAAUUGCAAGAGCUUUGAAAAAAGCUACAAUUCCAAUCCACAACUCUCAAGUGGAGCUCCACUUGUAUUUCCCACAACACGAACACGCCGAAUUUUGCGCAAAUAACGGCAUUGUCGUCACUUCUUAUGCGACUCUUGGAAGUCCGGGGCGAGUCAACUUUACUCUCCCAACUGGACAAAAGUUGGAUUGGGCUCCAGCUCCUGCCGACCUCGAGGAUUCCAAUGUUCUCGCACUCGGCAAGAAGUAUAACAAGACUCCGGCUCAGGUCUUGUUGAGAUAUGCUCUCGAUCGCGGUUUCGCUAUAAUUCCAAAGUCGGUCAACGAGAACCGCAUCAAGGAAAAUUUCAAGCUGUUUGACUUCAAACUCACUCAAGACGAUAUUAAGCUGCUCGAGUCUUCGAAGCAAAACGUUCGUCUAUUCCUCCAGGACUUCGCUGUUGGACACAACGAAGACCCCUUUGCCAACGAGAGAAAAUAA